AUGGUCGCUAACCUGAUUGCGGCAGAUGAUCCUAGCAACGCGAUUUUACCAGCACAUGAAUAUCUUUCGGGAACCACCGUUUCUUCUUUAUACAGACUACGCGAUAUUGACAACACAGAUGGCGGCUUUUUUGUUUUCGGAGAUCUUGCUGUAAAAAAAGACGGUCAAUAUAAGCUUCAAUUUAGUCUGUUUGAAAUCAUCAUUAGUGAUGUUGUACAAAAUCGCCGAACGAUGCAAUCCGAUGUUUUCACAGUUUACGUUCCCAAACGGUUUCCCGGCCCAUUUGAAGCCACCUUUCUAUCACGCACUUUCUCAGACCAGGGCGUAAAAAUGCGUAUCCGGAAGGAACAUCGAUUGCAA